AGCAAAACAAAAGCGUCCGAGUUCGUAUUCGUAUCUUUCUUGUGUGCAGAUUAAUUACGCUCGUCGUCUGGCCGGAAAUAAAGUGGUUUUGUUUUAUCGCCAAUUUAUUUGUUCUGUGUGGUUUCGUUUCUCAUCAAGUGCGUUAUCAUCAGUGGCGGUUGUGAAAGUGAUAAGUGCUCCGAGCUAGAUUAUUGUGUGCCCGUCGUCAGAUUUAAUCGAUCGAGUGUUUCAAACGGUUUGAUUCGUUACAAUCUGCUUUGUGUAGAGUGAAUCGUCCUUGGAAUCCUCCCCCCAUUUUCAUCCGUUGAAAGAUUAAAACCAAUACAACAUGGCCAAGCCGCAGGGAGCCGCAUUCUGGAUGGGAGCUCAAACGCUACCGAUUCCGAUGACAAUGUUCCGCGAGAACCGGGAAAAAGUUAUUGGGGAGCUGCGAAAAGUGCGCACAUUCGAUGGGACAGCUUUGAUUGUACUCCAGGGAGGCGACAAUAUCAGCCACUAUGACACCGAUGUGGACUACGUUUUCCGGCAGGAAUCGUACUUCAUGUACCUGUUCGGCGUAACGGAACCCGGCUGCUACGGUACCGUAGAUGUUGCGAGCGGAAGUACCACCCUGUUCGUACCGCGCCUUCCGUCCGAGUAUGCCGUUUGGAUGGGCCCACUCCUAUCGUUGGACGAUUUCAAGCAGAAGUACGAGGUUGACGCGGUGUACUAUGCGGAUGAGAUUGAUGUCAAACUUGGAGAGCUCAAUCCAUCUGUACUACUAACUUUGUGUGGCCCCAACGCGGAUAGUGGACUGGAAGCCAAGCCAGCCAAUUUCAAGGGCAUUGAAAAGUUUGUCGUGGACUCCGACAUACUGUUCCCAGUGAUUGCUGAAUGCCGCGUCAUCAAGUCCCCGGCCGAGGUAGAAGUCCUUCGUUACGUAGCCAAGGUGUCCUCGGAUGCGCACAAGCGCGUGAUGAAGAACAUCCGUCCCGGAUGGCACGAGUACCAGGGCGAGGCCGAAUUCCUGCACCACGCCUACUCGGUCGGAGGCUGCCGCCAUGUGUCGUACACGUGCAUCUGUGGCGCCGGGACCAACUCGGCCAUCUUGCACUACGGCCAUGCCGGAUCGCCCAACGAUCGGCUCAUAAAGAACGGCGAGAUGUGCCUGUUCGACAUGGGCGCCAACUACAAUGGCUACGCUGCGGACAUUACGUGCAGUUUCCCGGUCAAUGGCAAGUUCACCGACGAUCAGAAGCUGAUCUACAACGCUGUGCUGGCGGCUAGGGAUGCCGUAUGCGGUGCCGCCAAGGAGGGAGUUUCUUGGGUCGAUAUGCACCUGUUGGCCAAUCGUGUCAUGCUGGGCGAGAUGAAGAAGGGUGGAUUGUUGCAGGGAGAGGUGGACGAGAUGAUGAGUGCUGGUCUGAACGGCAUUUUCCAGCCGCAUGGCUUGGGUCACUUGAUUGGUCUGGACGUGCACGAUGUCGGUGGAUAUCUGUCCCACUGCCCGGAACGUCCGACGCAACCCGGUGCCAAUCGGCUGCGAAUGGCUCGUACGUUGAUGGCCGGAAUGUACGUUACGAUCGAACCCGGAUGCUACUUCAUUGAACCGCUUCUGAACAAAGCGUUUGCCGAUCCGAACCUGAGCAAAUUCCUGGUCAAGGAGGAAAUCGAUCGCUUCCGUAACUUUGGCGGCGUUCGCAUUGAGGAUGAUGUCCUCAUUACCAAGACGGGAAUCGAUAACUUCACCUUGGUGCCAAGAACUGUCGAGGAAAUCGAAGCCUGGAUGGCACAGUGAAAGGAGCGAUAGGUGUGAUUGGUUGCUGCUAAGUUGGUACACGAUUUUGAUAGAUUGUUCUAUACACUAACCAAGUUCAAACAUGCAUGUAUAUUCCACUUCCAAAACGAUGUAAUCAACAUAUAUUUUGUUAAAAAAUUCAAAAAGUACUGCAAGAUUAUAUAUACAAAUUUUAAAGCAUAAA